AUGGUGACGUUGCUCCAACUCGGCGGCGACGGUUUCCGAGAGCCUUUUAUAACCACGCAGCCCGUCACUUUCGACGAGAUCCAGGAGGUGGAGGAGGAGGAGGGCGCGUCGCCCUCGGAGGAGGAGAAGGCCCGGCGCUCCUUCCUGCAGUCCCUCGAGUGCCUGCGCCGCAGCACCCAGAACCUGGCGCUGCAGCGCGGCCGCCUGCGCAACAGCCUCGACUCCAGCGACUCGGACUCGGCGCUCUGAGCGCGGCCCGCGGCUCCCGCUCCCGCUGCGGGCACGGACGGACAGACGGACUCGGCUGCGCGGAGCCGCCGCCAGCCACACCGGGAGGUUUCCUGGGGAAGCGCUUCGCGUCCACGCGGCCGUGUGAAACUCCCKCUAUCAACCAGCGAAAAAGAAACAAACGCCCGCAAAAAAAAAUGUAUCUUUUUUUCUAUUGGUUAGAAGAAAUGAGCUGUUUUAGAUGCGCUGAGCUGCUGGACUUGGUAUUUAUUUUUGCAUUUAAACUGUUGACUGCGUUAAUUUAAUAUGUUUCUACCUGAAUGUCUGUUGUUAUUUCCAUAAAAGAGAAAUAAAAUCUGAUA